AUGGAAGAUAAACCAGAAAACGCAGACUCACCAGCAUCCCACGAUGACCAGACCCCCCAGAGCCAAGUUCAAGACUACAUCGACAACACCUUAGCAGCAGCGCUCGCAGAACUCGAUUCUCCAGAUGGCAACCCAGCCAUAACCCUGACACGAAGAUACAAGAAAGGCGCUUUCUUCAUCAAUCACGACAAUGGAGCCCUCGAGACCAGCGAGACGGAGACACAAAUCAGCUACACUUGGCCUGGCAAGGACAGACAUGAAGCUUGGAGGUUUACGGUGGUUUUUCGAGUUCUCGAGGCUAUUGCACAGGCUAUCGGGAGUGGGUUGGUGGUUUCCAAGAGAGAUAUCUAUUACAACGACCCCGCCUGCUUUGGUUCACAGAGAGUAGUUGACAUGGUGAUUGAUGAUAUUGCUCAUACGAUUGGCGUGGAUCGAGCGGCGUUGAACGUGGAAGCUGCCGCGAAAGGACUGGUUGCAGGUUAUUACCGGCUGACGACUUCAUCGGAUAAAGUUAUAGAUGCCCGGUUCAUGACGAAUGACGUGCUUAUACCGAGAGCUGAAGACAUCAAAGAGGUCGACAUGUCCGACGUUAAAUGGGUCUUAAUACUGGAAAAAGAGGCCGUCUACCGCAGACUCGCAAGGAGCAGUUAUCACACGAGAGCCGCAGCAGGGAAAGGGAUUCUCGUCACAGGCAAAGGAUAUCCAGAUCUCAGCACGCGAGCUUUCGUCCGUCGACUGCUCGAUAGCAGUUGCCGCGGCUCCGAUACUCGCUUUUACGCCCUGGUAGACAACGACCCCGACGGCAUGGCCAUAAUGUCAACCUACAAGUUCGGAUCCAGAGCACACGCACGCGAGAACAGCUACCUCAAUGCUCCCGAGUUGCAACGACUUGGCCUCUGUACAUCUGACGUCGUAUCCGGAGCAGAUCCGCUGGGAGACGAUGCUUUCAUUCCCUUAACCCCACGAGACAGGAGGAAGGCUGUCGCCAUGUUGAAGAAUAGUCCAGUUUGGGCGGUUGACGGACCUGAGCCGGAAUGGCGCGCAGAGCUGCAGCAGAUGCUCAUGUUGAACUUGAAAGCUGAGACGGAGAUUCUUUACCAGCGGGAGGGUGGAUUAGAGGGAUGGAUUGAUCGGAAGAUGGCUGCUUCUCUCUAG